GCACGGCCCAGCAGCGAGCGCCCAGCCCGGCCCGGCCCUGCCAGCCGCCCCCCAUGGAGGAGCAGCCCCACCACCACCAUCACCACCACCACUAUUACUACUACGGGCACCACCACCACCACCCGCAGAGCGCCUACCUGCCGCCGCCCGACGGCCGAGCCCAGCCUAAGCCGCCGCUCCGCCACGAGCACAAGCACGGCGGCCCGCAGCACACGGAGGCGCCGAAGCGGAGACCAGGCUACGGAGAGCUGAAUGGUAACGCAGGAGAGCGAGAGGCGUCCCUGAAGGGCCUGUGCUCUGAUGAAGCCACCGCCCCAGGAUCCAGGGUCCCCAAUGGCAGCCAGCAGCUCGUAGAUCCUAAUGUCACCCCAAAGCAGACUGUGAAGGCCGGUGCUUUGGGGAAAGCUGGAAUCAAAACCAAGAACUUCAUUCAGAAAAAUAGCAUGGACAAAAAGAAUGAGAAGUCCUACGAAAACAAACACAGAGAGAACCAGUCCUCAGACAAGCCAGAGGGAGUGUCUAUUCCAAACGGCGUGGUGACCAACAAUUCCAGCUACAUCACAAAUGGCUACGUAGGCAAAGGGGCCGACAACGAUGGCAGCGGCUCCGAGAGUGGAUAUACCACACCUAAAAAAAGGAAAGGCAGGCGCAACAGUGCCAAGGGUUGUGAGAACUUGAAUCUAGUACAGGACAAAAUAAUGCAGCAGGAGGUCAGUGCGCCAACCUUGAAACAGGAACUUGAGAGUUUCAAGCCUGAUUAUAGUGAACAAAAGGGGAACCGAAUUGAAAAUACUAAGCCUGUUUGGAAAUAUGAGGCUGGGGCUGGUGGAGCAGGCAGGGGGAAGCCUGGGCUCGGGGAUGUACCACGGAAAAACUCUGAUGCCAAACCUGGGAUUAGCAGCAAGAAGUUUGAUGACCGGCCCAAAGGGAAGCACGCAUCGUCGGCUACGUCUAAAGAGGACUCAUGGACCUUAUUUAAACCACCCCCAGUUUUUCCAGUGGACAAUAGCAGUGCUAAAAUUGUUCCCAAAAUUAGUUAUGCAAGUAAAGUUAAAGAAAACCUCAACAAAGCAGCUCAAACCCCAUCCACGUCAUCCUCAUCGUCUUCAUCAUCUGCUGGGGAAACUCAGGCCCAGACAUCAUCAAGUCGACUGUCCCAGGUCCCCAUGUCUGCUAUGAAAUCUGUCACUUCUGCCAGCUUCUCCAACGGGCCAAUCCUUGCUGGGACUGAUGGAAGUGUGUAUUCCCCAGGGGCCCAGCCACUGCUCUCCACUGCUGCUAGUACUGUACCAUCGACCUCCUCCUCCGAGUCUGUACCCCAGGACAUGAGUACAACUUCGACAGCCCUCGAACAAAAGAAAUCUGGCCUUUUUAUCUACCCUUCAAAUAUGCAAACUGUGCUCCUGGGGACAGCACAAGUCGAUUUCCCUUCACAGACGAAUCAGCAGAACCUGGGGGAUAUCUUCCAGAAUCAGUGGGGCUUGUCUUUCAUAAACGAGCCCAGUGCUGGACCUGAAACCGUUGUGGGGAAAUCUGCGGAUAAUCAGUUAAUGGAAGUGACAUUUCAAGGGGAAUAUCCUGCCACUUUGGUUUCACAGUGUCCUGAAAUCAUUCCCUCAGGAACUGAACAACCUGUGUUUCCUAAGGCUUAUGAGCUGGAUAAACGGACUAGCCCUCAAAUUCUUAGUGCUGUUCUUAAGCCUGGGACUGCUGUUGAGGGUGGUGUCUUAGCCUUGGAGUCGCAUCACACAGGUGACCUACAAAAGGCAGACACCGGUAGCCAAGGUGCUUUAGUGUUUCUUUCAAAAGACUAUGAAGUAGAGAAUCCUCUGGCCUCUCCUACGAACAAUUUGCUAGCCUCCGCCAAAGAACAGAGGUACCAGAGAGGCCUAGAAAGGAAAGAUAGCUGGGGUUCUUUUGACCUGAGGGCUGCUAUUCUAUAUCACACUAAAGAAAUGGAAGCGGUUUGGAAUUUGCAGAAGCAAGAUCCCAAAAGGAUAAUCACUUAUGAUGAAGCCAUGGAUCGCCCGGAUCAAUGAAGGUAGCAAGACAAGACUGCCUGUUCUAACCUUUCUGCAGCAUUUGUGCUGUUCGUGGGGGACAAAAAGGCUUUUAUGCUCCUUCUAAAUCUUCAGUGCAGCAGAGGAACCAUAACUAGAAUCACAGGAUAAUAUAUACAAAUAUAUAUAUAGUUAUUUAAAAAUGGCAACUGAAAGUAAUUAGACUUCUUAAGGAAUCUGAAAAUUUAUUUCAACGAGACUACACACGUGAUUAUUUAAUCUCCGGUACUGAAUAGAUUUUUUUUUUUCCAUUUUUGUUUUGUUUUGUUUUUGUUUAAAGAGUGAAUGCAAGUGAUUAAGGAACACAGACUCAAUUACAAACCCGGUUUCAAAGUUCCUGCUGUCGUCUGCAUGGGCAACAGCAACCCACUGGAGAGGCAUUUCCACUUGACAAGGUUUCUGUUUCUUGUUCUGUGACUGUAGUGACACACUAAUCACAGGGAAAUCAGGAUGAAUCACCAUCCUUCAUCUCCUCUUUCCCUUCCACCUCCCCUGUUUGGUUUCUUUUUUAUUUUUUUUUUUCUGAUUUGUUUUCCAUUGAAUGCUGGAGAAACGCCUUGAAGUUUGCAGAGUUUCUUUUUUUUUUUUUCCAGAGAAUUAUAAAUCCGCAUGUUUUGCCAGGAGUAAAGCAGCAAUCCUAUGCUGGUGAUAUUGUCUUAAAAGGAUCAUUCUGCUGAGGGAAAGAUGGUAAUACUGCAGUUCUAGGAUGCAUGGUGAAGUCACACAGUUGACCUGGCUCCUGUUACACGUUGGACUAUUGCAACUGAAGAGUUAUUUCAUUUUAAAAGACAACAUGGAAAAAUAAGCAAUCUGUUUAGGCAUUUAAUAUGGAGAAAAAAACAACAAAAAAAAAAAAAACCCACUGUUCCCACAGUUUAAUGCCAUUGUAUUACUGGGAGCAAGAAAAAAAAAAAAAAAGACAAAAAAAACUAUCUUCUGCUUUCAACUGUAGGUGCUUCAUAUUUGCUCUAUCUGUCUCCUAACACUAAAUGUGCUGGAUUUUUUUCCCAUUUUCAUUGGAAAACUGAAGAGGAAUUGAGUUCUGCUAACUUUCACCCUUCUUGAAUUAUUUUUUCUCUUAAAAAAAUUGCAAAAUAACAAAAAAAUGAAAAAAGUUAAAAAAAACCCAAAAAAUAAAAAAAUGGGAAUUUGAAUCCUUUUCAAUUUGUCCAUAGAACGCCAGUGGCUGGGCUUCCUGCCCCUUGGAAAUGCUCUUUUAUAUUUUAAUGCAGUCUGUGUAUUUCCGGGCUCUGCUUCUAAUUAUCUCUUAAUAAAAAUAUAUUUUAUUACAAAAAAAAUGGAGGACUUAGGAAUGAAAAUAAUAAUUUAAAAAAAUAAAAAAAAAAUAAUCCCAGGGAAAGGAAAGCUUCCUAGCAGUGGUAGGGAAGGCUGAGCAGAGCGCAGGCUCCAGCUGUGUUAACCCCUCUGUCCCAUUGCAGCUUGUGUAAUGUGUCCCAAUCAUCUGGGGGUCGGGUAGUUUUUCUGGGUUUUUUUAAAAGGUGGAAAGUUCACAGGGUCCAGUGCAAGAGUGAGUAAUGAACAAAGCAGAAAUGGGUUUGUUGGCCAGCCCCAGCUCCCCAUGUACCCAGUGCUCAUCGUGGGUGUUGGUGGCCUAAUCCUGGCUUUCCAAAUCAGCAGCAGUUGGUGUCUCCUAAAAUGAGACUGGACCCUCUGGGGCAUUAGGAGGAAUAGAUAAACGCAAAAUUUUGGAAUAUCCUUUGUGCUUAGAUCUGCCAUCAAGACAUGGGGCUGCUGUCCAGUCACCAGAGGGUCCCACAGGGCUCCAUCCUCAGCCCAACAUCUCAUUACAGCCUGGGUUCAGGACUCAAAGAGAUACUGAUUUUGCUGACACACUAAACUGUGAGGAACUGUUGACACCCUCUAGGGCAGAGAGCCCACAACAAAUUAGAGCUGGGCAAUCACCAACUGUCUGAAGUUUAACAAGGCUGAGUGUCAGAUGCUGCACCUGGGAUGGCAGCCCUGGAUGGACUGGGAGGCUGGAGAGCAGCACCAUGGAAAGGGAGCUGGGGCUCCUGGUCCGUGGCCCAUUGGAUCUGAGUCAGCAGUGCCCUGGGGGGCACCAGGCCCAGCAGGACCUGGCCUGCUCUGCUCUGCACUGGUGCAGCCUCACCUCGAGUUCUUGGGCAGUUCUGGGCACCACAACAUAAAAAAGACCCCGAUUAGAGAGCAUCCCAAGGGAGGCCAUGGGGAUGGGGAAGGGUCUGGAGGGGAAACCUCAUGAGAUCGCUUGGUUUGUUCAGCUGGAGAAGAGGAGACUGAGGGGAGAACAUCCUCCCGAGGGGCAGCAGGGAGGCAGGUGCCAACCUCUUCAUUCGUGACCAGUGAGAGGGAGUAGCCUGAAGCUGAGUCAGGAGAGGGUUAGGUUGGAUAGCAGGAGGAGGUUCUUCACCCAGAGGGUGGUUGAGCACUGGAACAGGCUCCCCAAGGAAAUGGUCACAGCACCAAACUUGUCUGAGUGCAAGAAGAGUUUGGACAAUGCUUUCAGGCACAGGGUGGGAUUCUUGGGGUGUCCUGCACAGGGCCAGCAGUUGGACUUGAUCCUGAUGGGUCUCUUCCAACUCAGAAUAUUCGAUGAUUCUAUUGCUUUCUUUUUUUCUUUUUCUUUUUUUUUUCUUUUUUUUUUUUUUUUUUUUUUUUUUUUUUUCAGUAGGAGUAUGUAGCAUGUGUUUUUUUAAAUUGUUUUUAUACUUUUAAUAAGAUUGUUCCUGAAUGAGACACUUGAGUUCACGGUGGGACAAUGAAACUGAAUUCUGUACCUUGUGUAAGACGCUCGCUUUCUGCCACGCUUAAACAUUUGACUAUGGAUUGCCUACUCCAUUUGAUGUAUCCAGAGCUAUAUAGUAUAAUCCUGAGUGUGAUACUAUAUAGUCAUCAUGUAUUGUAUCAGUCCAGGUUCAGAAAUGUGUGGUUGGCCAGUCGCAAAUAGUUCUGUUUCACCUAUAAACUUGUACCACCUCUGCAGGUGUGUGUAACUUUGAGAUGCAUAACAUGUUUACAGAUGUGCCCAACAUCUAGUCCUCCAACGUUCCUAUUUUUAAUUCUGUUGAGUCUCCCAACUGCUUGCCAAAAGUUGGAAUUGCCUCCAGCUCCCCUGCUGAAGAGCUGGGGCGUUCCUGAGCUUUAAAGUGUUGAACAAACUGGAUAGUGGGGCUGGGAAAAUGAAGGUGGAAGAAAUGUUCUUUUUCCAUUUUUUUUUUAUUAUUAUUAUUAUUUUCAAAAAGUUGAAGGCUAAUAGCAAAGUUUCCAGUUUGUUUUACUGGCUUUAAGGCUCUGCUGUGUAUUUAUUUGCCUUGUGUAGUCACUUGUCGCCUUAAGGGCUGGGUUCCAUUAACAAAAAAAAAGAAAAAAAAAAGAAAAAAAAUAUAAAACCACCUUGUUUUGCUUCCCUGGGGUCUGUGCUGUCCUGUACCCCUGCCCCAGGUCUGUGCUUGGGGCAGUGCAGGAGUUGAGCAGCACUGACCCUGUGCCUCUAGAAAGGUCUGAGUCUUGCUGAAUAUUUGAGGACUCUCAUGUUGGCCUAGUCCAGUCUGUCACCUGAAUAGUGAAAGAAAUGCUGAGAGGAGCUCGGUUCAGCGAUGGGUUGGGCUGGAUUCCCCCUGAUGCUCAUCUCUGUGGCUUUGCCUCGCCAGCGGGACCCAUCCAGAAACACCCUCGGCAGCGCCUUCUCUGCUGUAUUUCUGCCCAUCCUCUGUUCACAUGUCUGUCUGUCUGUCUGUCUCCGUGAUCUCCACGGCGUGUGCUCAGCUCUAAGCAGUUAGGAAUUCCUCUCUCUGAGCUCCUGUAGCUGCGGCUCCCUGGUGUUUCUGGGAUAGACAAUUGCCUAGAGCCAGGCAGGACCAUGGAAGGAACUUCCUCGUGCUGUCGUGUAACUCACCCUGUCGCUGUCUGCAGUCCUCCCCAAGUCCUCACACAAUUCUUAACUGAGCACUUAUUAAAAAUAUCUUAAGAUUUAAUCUGUUUUCUGAUUAUUUUUGUGUAAGCUUAUAAAAAAACAAAAAAAAAAAAACAAAAAAAAAGAAAAAAAACAAACUGAAAUUGAGCUGUGACUAAUUUAGCACAUUGAAAUAACGAUAAGGUGUUACUGCUAUAAGUCUCAUGUUUUGUUUUGUUUUUGUUUGACUCAGAGUAUUAGUACUGUAGCAUAAACCAAAUACAGCCUGGGAAGGGGAGCAGCAGCCUCCUGUCCUGGGUGUGCACCCGAGGGUGUCUGUGGGGGCGAGCAUCUGACCUGUGAGGAGAGUGAGCGUGUAUUUAUUUGUGCCAUUGUUUGCAUUACACUGAGUAAAGAAAGUUUUAAAUCAAAACCCCUCCAGUAUGUCUAGUAUUGGAAAGCAGCACUAAGGGUGAGAUCAUGACCUAUUUUUUUAUUAGCUAUGAGGAUACUAAUUCAGGUUAAGGCUUCUCUCUUGUUUCUGUUCCCGUUGUGAUUCCCUUUCCUCUGGUUCCCUUUCCAGGCUGUUUGUUGGAGUGAGGAUUCCUGCACAGGCAGGGGCUCUCUCCUUUCUCCUCUGGUCAUUCCCCACCUCUCCUCCUCUGCCAGCAGGUUCCUUUGGGUGUGUCUUGUACAGGGUCUUGUGUAAUAGAGACUGGAGUGUGUAAUGCCGCCCAGAUCCAGCUUGGGAUCUGCGUGCUUUUGGUGCAUCAUGGAGUGUUUAUGUGCUCCACGAGGUGCUUUAACAACUGCUCCAUGACAGUGGUUUGGGGCCUUCAGUGCCCUCUCCCACUCCACUCAUUUGGUGGAUUGGCAAAGCAAUGGCUUUCAAGCUUUGCUUGGAGUUUGGUUUUAGUUUAGUUAAGUUAAACCCACCUCGAUCCUCUGUGAAACCUGGUAGAAAUCUCCUGUCUCUUUGACCAGUGGGUACCUCCAGGGCGUGGAUUCUGUCACUAACCCACUUCAAACCUUUCUGAACUAGUAAAUCCCGCUUUUUUUGCCUUUCAUAGCUGCUGUGGACUUCUUUGAAAUGUGGAAAGAAACCCAAUUCUCACUAGGUUGUGAGUCCAGCGCCUGGGAGUGGGUGAUGUGUGAGCCAGCUAGCUAAAUGGAAAGGAAAAUUCCUUCCUGCUGGGAAAAAAAAUAGGGAAAAAAAGAGCUGGAAGAUGUGCUCCCAGUUGUGUGUGUAAUUAGUGCUUUCACCUUCAAGGCAGUGUGACAAUAACACCAUGGUGUGCUUUCCCAAGUGGCCAGUGGGUGACCUCAGGGACAUCUGGGAGUGAUGGCGUUCACAGCCAGAACUGCCGGUAGUUUCCCUGUGUGUCCAGGUUUUGAUCUUUAUUCAGUAAAUUGCUGUGGUGUCCCAAGCUUUCAGAUUAUUACUCUCUCAUCCCUAGAAGGCUUUUCUGUCCGUCCAUCAGUUGUGAUUUUUCUCAGAGAGGCUGUUUACAAGGGAGCUGGUGAGGUUGGGAGGGGAGAGAACAAGGAUUCACCCACUUCAAAGCUGCUGCACGUUUUCACACUGGUGUGUAAGGCAGGAGAAGGGCUGGUGUGGUGGGGUAGGCAAGAAAGCCAGAGUAAUUCUGGCUUUGGCCACCACCAGAGUGUUUUUCCUAGUGCACACAGCAGGAACCAGGGCUGGCGGAAGGAGAUCUCCAUGUGCUGCCUUCCAGGGAUUACAGAGCUUUAGAGGUUUGCCCAGUACAUGUCACACCCCAGGGUCAGGCUGGCUCCUCUGCCCUGCCCAGGAUCCUCUAAAGCAACAGGAGAGUGCAGCUGUGGAUGUCUGGGGAGGUGAAAGAGCCCUGUGGUGGCCUCAUGUCCUGGGCAAGACCCAUUCCCUGUGCUGGACUGGAGCAGGAGUCCUGCCUGUGCCCUCACCCGGGGAUGCUGAGCUGGAUUUAUCUUGACUGUUAAUCAGAAAGCUUCAUACAACAUGUCCAGAGCUCUAAAGCCAUUUUGUAAGAUAGCGGUGUCCCUUUUCUACAGCCUUAUUAAUGAGUAGAAGAUCUUUAAAAAGAAGAAAACAAACAAACAACCAACAAAAAAAGAAUUGCUCAUUUCUUUCUGUGGUAUGAAACUUGUGUACUGCGAACUUCUGAACAUUUAGCAAAAAUACAACUUACAGUUUUCUAAAAAAAAAAAAAAAAAACCCACAAAAAAUCCCCAGCCUGUCUGCUUUCCAUACAGUCUUUCCUCAGGUGCUAAAUAAGGGUUCCAAAAAUGGAUACUGCUUUAGGAGUUCCUGCUUUAUUCUUAAAAUACAUAUUUUUUUGCUUAGGUGUUGUAAAGAUAUUUUAACAAGAAUGUUGUUUUUUUAAUGUAAAUAAGAUUGUGUCUUUAAUUUUGUUUUAUCUCCUUUUUGUCCAUAUUGAAUAGUCUAAUUUUCAUUUUUGAGAAGGACCCUCUUAUGCCCUUCCCUGAAGACAUUUCAUUAAGUGUUGCUGCAUUUAAGAACGAAUCUACAACUGUUCAUUGUCUUGGAUUAAUGCUGCUGCUGCUGCUAUAAGUAACCCUGAAAAUCAAGAAUGUGUGAUGCACUUUUGUUUUUUGUUUUUGUUGUUUUGUUUUGUUUUUUUUUUAACAUGACCGUGUAGUUCCUCUGCAGAUAGCUGAACCCUCCUGUAACACAGCCACUAACUGGGGGAGUGUAGGAACUGGGGGAGCUGGGGUGUGGGACAGGGGUGGACCUGAUUUUGGUGCUGACCUAUGGGAAUUUCUAUGCAAACGCAAGCAAAGGAGAACUCUUUUAACUUGAGAGAACACUGUGCUUUUUUAUUUUUUAUUAUUUCUUUUUUCUUUUUCUCUCCUUCCUUUUCUCAAGCUGCUAUUGGAAGGGUAGUGCAAAUCCCUGAGGUUUUCAACUUCUCCUUCCUCCGUGGCUGGUGGUGCAGGAAAGGUGCCUGAGUAACUUGUAAGGUAGAAAACACCUCAGUCAGCUCUUGUCUCGUCUCUGGUUUUAGUAUAUUUGUUUUCUAUUUGAAUUUAUCUAUAGAAGGAAAUUGCUCAUCUCUAAAAAAGCUCUUUUGAGUGCUUUGUCUCAAUGUGAAGUUAACCAGCAGUAUUAAGGAUUGCGUGGCCUCCGUCCUGCCCUUAUCCCAGUGCUGGGGACCCACCAGCUCCUUCUCCACCUGGAGAGCACUUGGUGCCUGGGCUUGGAUGUUUUCCAAGAAAAAAGUGAGGUGAAGCCCUCCACCCAGCCCAAACCUGCCAGUGAAAGGCUUAGGGAGCACUGGAGGGAGGUCUCACUGCAUCAAGGCUCUGUGGUGAGGCACAGGCAGGUCCAGAGCCUCUUCUCUUUGUGGGUCACACCUAGGCCAUGGUGGGGGAUGUGUACCCUGGAGGAGGAGUUUACUGGAGGGGAAAAAGGGAUUUUACUUGACUAUUUAUAGAAGAUCCUUUAGGAAUAUAAAGUACCUCUCUGCAAAGUGGGGUAAGAGUAAGGAAGGUCUAAAGUCGUGUAGGAAAAACACUUGGGGAUUACAACUGCCUGGAAAAUAGUCUACAAAUACAUAGGCCAGAGCUUUCUGCCUGUUUAGUUAGUAUUUUCUUUUUCAGACAGCGUUUGCUCUUUUGCACACCGAGGUGUGUGUGUACAUCUGACUCAAUGUGCCUUGCAUGUGUGCUUAGUCUUUCUGGAGAGAGGUGGUGGGGUGUGAGCUGGGGAUGUGGCCACGAGGGCCACUCCCCAUCCACAGGGUUCCUUAGUGUCCCAGUGACCCCUGGGAUCAAAGUGAGAGCUGGCCUCCAGCCUGUGUGGUGGCUGUCUUAGUUUGGGGAUGAUGUCCUGUGCAGUGGCACCUGUGACUUCGGAGGGGAGUGGGAGGGAGAGAAGGAAAAGCUGCUUCACUCUUCUGUGGAUAAAAAAUCAGCAUUGCCACGGUUCACCUGCAGAGCCAAAACAAGCUGAGGUCUGGAACUGGCUUUGCUGGAGUUCAGGCUCUCUGUGGCACCAUGAUCCCAUUAUCCAGGGGAUUUAUUCCCUGCCAGGUUGUGGUUCUUGUUUCUGUGGGGUUUACAAGAUUUUUUUGUAAAGGAGAAGUCAACACGCCUUGCUUGAAGUUAACGAAAUCCAAACGCUUGUGUUUGCAGUCAGUGACUCAGAACUCCAAGCUGUGCAAUUCUGGGUUCUCCAUCUCCCGCCCCAGCGUGUGAUGAUUCUGUCCGAGUCUCUCUGUACUUCUGCCACAGUAAAUGUGAAAGCUUGCUUGCAUUGUUUUUUAGAAAUGCAUUUUGCACACUCGGGUUUCGCUGAAGCUCCAUGAAAAGGUUAGUUUGAAGCAGAUGAAUAAAGCUAUGCACAUGUUUUGAAAGUUUAAUUUGUGUCUCAUUACCAGAAGUGACUUAUCUGCCCUCUUUUGCAUUCCUGUGCUGUCAUUGCCUCCAUUCUCUUCACCAUCUCGGAGGGUAUGAUGUAAGGUGACAGUUCUUUGCUGACAGCUGUAGCAGAAAACUGGCGCUUCUUGAUUUUUUUAGUAGCCUUUCUCUCUCCUUUGCUUUCUCUGUAUCUCUCUGUAUAGCUAUAUAAAUAUAUAUAUUAUUUUUUUAUUUUAAAGAGCCUACUUUAGUAAUUGAAUCGGAGGGAGCGGGGUGUGCUGGCUUGUGUUUCAGAUACACUUUGUGCUGUCGGAUGAACCAGUGCCCUUUUUGUCUCCGGGGAGAGCGUGCUGGUGGCACCCAGUGGUGUCCCCAUGGGGACAGGGAGGCCCCCGCGCCAAGCAGCUUUGGGGAGGGGAUGGAGACCAGUCCACUGCGCUGCAGGCCGGUGGCGUGGGCAAACUCGAGGCUUCUAAUGACAAAAUGAACCAAGAGGAAUCCUACUGCUGUGUAUUCCCACUGUGAGGCAGGAGGGACAGGGUUCCUCACUAUCCCGCUGCGGGGCUGGAGCGGAGUCUGGGUUCCCUCCAGCCUCAGGGGUGAGAGCUUUAUUUUGGUUUUGUUUUCACGCGUUAGGUGCAUUGGGUUGCAGGUAUCACCUCUGGAAACAUGUUGCUUAGCCCAGAGCCUGUGUGCAGGAGAGUCGGGAUUUUGUGACGGGAGAGGGACCCUGACAGCUUUCUCCUCCUGUUCCCUUCGCCAUGGCAGAAAUUUGUACUAACUUGACAGCUUUUUUUCAUACAGAACAGGGCUGCUUUUCUAUCUACCAUCACACGUGUACUUACACACCUUCAGCGGCUUCCCAGCCUCUGAAGGUCCUCAACUUGUUUACUGGGGGGGACUGACGCCCCUCUCUCCCCUUCCUUGAAUAUUUCAGUGUUAAGGGCGGUGCAAAACAUGACCGCGAGCCGGGGCUGGAGGGAUCCUGCAGGCAGAGCCGGGCAGGGUCUGUCUCCUCUCCUGCCCCCCUUCCCCGUCGAUAAGUUCUCAUUUCGUUCCUGGUUUGUAUUCAAAUCUCUGCGAGGGGUUGUGCUCUACCUGCUCAGGAGCUGAAUUACCUCUGACCUGCGGAGAGGGGCAGCCCCUCUUUGGUGUCCAUGUUGUAGUGUGCGACCACACGGAUCAGUCAAGGUAGUCUUUGUUUCCUUCUCCCCUCCCCGGUAAUUUCUGAUUAGGUGAAUGCACUCGGUGUGCCCAGCUGGAAAAGCGUUUUCCCGGUGGUGAGAGGGUGGCUAGAGGAGUUUAGUGUAAAACCUGCUGUAGCUGUGUCUGGCGCAGCCCCUUGCGCUGGUGUGGGUGAUGUCACGGACUGUAAGGAUAGGUAAUGUCCAUGAGCUGUAAUGGCAUGAUGUAUCUUUACCAAUGAUGUCAUACUUCACACUAAAUGUUUAAAAAAAAAAAAAGGAAAAAAAAGAAAAAAAAAAACAACCUUACCUGAAAUUUUGUUUAUUCUGCACCAACAGGUCUUCAAAAUUUAUCCAAAUUUUAUUAUUUUAUCAGGAAAAAAAAAAGAAAUUUGUGUAGAUCGAAUACGUUAAGACAGACAAUAAGUGAUGUAAAUUGUUGAAUAAAAAUUUUAAA